AUGAAUAUAAUAUUUUGUUCCAGCCUUUUGGUAUCCUUCUUAGCCAAUAUUGUGUGGACUCGCACUAUCAGAACAAUGGAGGAUGAAUCUGAUCCAUACAACUGGUUGUUUUAUACCUUUGAGUGUCCACAGGACUGUUUCUGUCCUCCAAACUUUCCAAAUGCUUUAUACUGUGAUAGCAAAGCAAUGAAAGAAAUACCUGCCAUCCCACCAGGAAUCUGGUACCUCUAUCUCCAAAACAAUCUUAUUGAAACAAUUACAGAGAAGUCUUUUGUGAAUGCCACCCAACUAAAAUGGAUAAAUCUGAACAAUAACAAAAUCACUACCAAUGGAAUUGAAAAAGGUGCAUUUAACAAUUUAAAAGGUUUACUCUACUUGUACCUGGAAGACAACUAUUUAGAAGAAGUGCCAGAUCCCCUACCAAGAAGCCUUGAACAAUUGCGUUUAGCAAGAAACAAAAUCAGGACAAUCCCUCAAGGUGUUUUCAACAAUUUGGAAAACCUAACUAUGUUAGACUUACAUCAAAACAAACUGUUGGACAACGCUCUGUCAGGCAAUACCUUCCAAGGACUGAGCAGUCUCAUGCAACUCAAUGUUGCUCAAAAUUCCCUUACAAAAAUGCCACCAAUCCUUCCUGCUAAUGUGAACCAGCUAUUUUUGGACAGUAAUUCUAUUGAAGCAAUACCAGAAAAUUAUUUUGAUGCAACACUCAGAUUAGUUUCCCUACGGCUGAACCACAAUAAAUUAACGGAUGGAGGUGUACCAAGCAAAGUCUUUAAUAUUUCAUCCCUUCUUGAUCUUCAGCUAUCGUACAAUGAACUCACCAUAAUCCCAGCUAUUGGCAUCCACCUUGAGCAUCUUCAUCUUGAUAACAACAGAAUCAAUAGUCUUAAUGGAACUCAAGUAUGUCCAAUUCCUAUCCCGGGAGAUUAUGUUUAUGAGAGCAAAUUACCACAACUCCGUUAUCUCCGUUUGGAUGGCAAUGGAAUCAAACCCCCAAUUCCAUUGGACCUCAUGCUGUGCUUCCGACUCCUUCGGGCUCUUGUUAUUUAAAGACUAUUUUGUGAUACAAUGAUUUAAUGAACAUCUUUGCUGGCAUUUGACUUGUUAGGCUUUCCAUAUAUUUUGUAACUUUUUUUAAAAAAAAUUCCUGCAUUGAAGUAUUUUUUCCUAGUAACUCCUUUACUUUAAAUUUUAGAGAUGGAUUCUAAAAGCCAGAAAAAUUAGCUUAAAAACAGCUUUUGCUGUGAUAUAUCA